AAUCAAUAUGAGGUUGAGAAAACACAGAACAAGGCCACCCGGCCCCUUCCCUGGCCACAACUCCCUCCAAUUUCACCAUCGCCCAGAUUUCUUCUCCGCUAAUUAGACUAACACAAAACAUUCCUCAUCUCCCCAUUUCCCGCAAAAAAUAUCUUCUUACGCCUCCCUGCGCAAUUCUCCCCAUGGCAACAACUGCUUCUUCUUUGCUCCAAUCCAAUCCCUUGAAAUUAAAGCACUACUUCCCCCGUCAUUUACCUCCUCCUUCCCCACCUCGCUUACCUAAAUUUAGUGGGAACUUGACUUUUCAAACCCAAGGCUCCACUAAAUGCAAUGUUAGAUGCUUCCUCUUGCCCGAGAAGAGGAAGAGCUCGAAGUUGGAUUCCAACCAUUUGAGUUCGAGCUCGGAUGGUAAACAUCCAUUCGAGAUUAUUGCUGAGACGAUUUCGAAAGCUUUGAACGCGUUGAAAAAGCCAGCUAUAGCCGCGGUUUUGUUGGGGUUGUUGUUAAUGUAUGAUCCUAAUAACGCUGCAUUGGCUGCAUCAGGUGGGAGGAUGGGAGGAAGGUCUUUUUCUUCGAGUUCUUCGUCUUCGAGGAGUUAUUCGGUGCCUAGAAAUGGAGGGUCGAGAUUUUCUUCGUACUCGGUUCCUUAUUAUGCGCCUGCUCCAUUCGGUGGUGGUGGUGGGUUUUAUAUGGGGCCAGCUGUUGGGGUUGGAGUUGGUGCCGGGUCGAGUUUUUUCUUGAUUUUGAUUGGGUUUGCUGCGUUUGUUUUGGUUUCUGGGUUUCUCUCGGAUAGGUCUGAGAGUAGUGUGCUUACUGCUAGUGAAAGGACUAGCGUUCUUAAGCUUCAAGUUGGGUUGUUGGGCAUGGGACGGUCUCUUCAGAAGGAUUUGAAUCGUAUCGCUGAAGUUGCUGAUACUUCUACCUCUGAGGGUCUAAGCUUUGUAUUGACUGAGACAACGCUAGCUUUGCUUCGCCAUCCUGAUUAUUGCAUCUCUGGUUAUUCAUCUGUGGAUGCGAAACGAAGUAUAGAUGAUGGGGAGAAACGCUUCAAUCAACUCUCUAUUGAAGAACGGGGUAAAUUUGAUGAAGAGACUCUUGUGAAUGUGAACAAUAUAAAAAGGCAGAGCACAACAAGUCGGAAAGCUAGUGGAUUUAGCAAUGAGUACAUAGUGAUAACAAUUCUAGUGGCUGCUGAAGGAUUGCAUAAAUUGCCCCCAAUAAACGGAAGUAGAGACUUAAAGGAAGCCUUGCAAAAGCUUGCCUCCAUCCCAACAAGCAAAAUACUUGCAGUUGAGGUCUUGUGGACACCUCAGAAUGAAAAUGACACACUAUCAGAGCGGGAACUACUUGAAGACUACCCGCUCUUGAGGCCUCUAUAAAAUUUUAUAACUAGGUACCUUGUAUUCUCUCAUGAGAGGUAUUAAUUGGAACUGCUUCUUAGAUCCUUGGGUUCAAUGUAUAUAAUAAAAGUUUACUGGCAUACAAAGGUUAAGAUUGACUAGAUGUGGUCUACUGAACUGGAUUUGUAAACAUAUAAACAGAGAAGGUGUAUAUUUUCUUGAAAGCAUUUGUUUUUCUUUUUUUUGGGGUUAAA